CCGCCCCCUCCCCUCUCCUGCCCGGCGGGUCCCGGCGAAGCUGCCUCCGCCAUGUCAGUGCUGGGCGAGUACGAGCGACACUGCGACUCCAUCAACUCCGACUUCGGGAGCGAGUGCGGCGGCGGCUCCGUGUCCAGCCCCGGCCCCGGCCCCGGCUCGGCCGCCCGCCCCGGUGGCGGCUUCCCGAUGGAGCAGGAGGAGUUGCAUUACAUCCCCAUCCGCGUUCUGGGCCGGGGCGCCUUCGGGGAGGCCACGCUGUACCGCCGCACCGAGGAUGACUCAUUGGUUGUGUGGAAGGAAGUUGAUUUGACCCGAUUGUCUGAGAAAGAACGUCGUGAUGCCUUGAACGAAAUUGUUAUUCUGGCUCUGCUACAACAUGACAACAUUAUUGCCUACUACAAUCACUUCAUGGACAACAACACCUUGCUGAUUGAACUAGAGUAUUGUAAUGGAGGAAACCUAUAUGAUAAAAUCCUGCGUCAGAAGGACAAAUUGUUUGAGGAAGAGAUGGUGGUCUGGUACCUGUUUCAAAUUGUAUCAGCGGUGAGCUGCAUCCAUAGAGCUGGGAUACUGCAUAGAGAUAUAAAAACUUUAAAUAUUUUCCUAACUAAGGCAAAUCUAAUUAAACUUGGAGAUUAUGGGCUGGCAAAGAAACUUAAUUCUGAGUACUCCAUGGCUGAAACUCUUGUGGGAACCCCAUACUACAUGUCUCCAGAACUCUGCCAAGGGGUGAAGUACAACUUCAAGUCUGAUAUCUGGGCAGUAGGCUGUGUUAUUUUUGAGCUGCUCACCCUAAAGAGGACCUUUGAUGCAACAAAUCCUCUUAAUCUGUGUGUGAAGAUUGUGCAAGGGAUCCGUGCCAUGGAAGUAGAUUCCAGCCAGUAUUCUUUAGAGUUGAUUCAGAUGGUUCAUUCAUGCCUUGAUCAGGACCCUGAGAAGAGGCCCACUGCUGAUGAACUUCUGGGUUGUCCACUUCUCAGUAAGCGCAGGAGGGAAAUGGAGGAAAAAGUCACACUGCUUAAUGGGCCAACAAAGAGACCAAGGUCAAGUACUGUGAAUGAGACUCCCAUUGCAGUGGUAACAUCACGGACAAGUGAGGUUUAUGUUUGGGGAGGUGGAAAAUCCACUCCCCAGAAGCUAGAUGUCAUCAAGAGUGGAUGUAGUGCCCGGCAGGUGUGUGCAGGCAAUACCCACUUUGCUGUGGUGACAGUGGAGAAGGAGUUAUACACCUGGGUGAAUAUGCAAGGGGGCACCAAACUUCAUGGGCAACUGGGCCACGGAGACAAAGCUUCCUAUCGACAGCCAAAGCAUGUAGAAAAGUUGCAAGGCAAAGCUAUCCAUCAGGUGUCUUGCGGAGAUGACUUUACUGUAUGUGUCACAGAUGAAGGUCAGCUUUAUGCCUUUGGAUCAGAUUAUUAUGGUUGCAUGGGUGUAGACAAGGUUGCCGGGCCUGAGGUACUAGAGCCCAUGCAGGUAGACUUCUUCCUUAACAAUCCAGUGGAGCAGGUCUCCUGUGGAGAUAAUCACGUGGCAGUUCUGACACGAAAUAAAGAAGUCUAUUCAUGGGGCUGUGGAGAAUACGGACGACUGGGUUUGGAUUCAGAAGAAGAUUAUUACACACCACAGAAGGUAGAUGUGCCUAAGGCCUUGAUUAUUGUCUCAGUUCAGUGCAGCUGUGAUGGAACGUUUCUUCUAACACAGUCAGGCAAAGUGCUGGCAUGUGGACUCAACGAAUUCAACAAACUGGGCCUGAACCAAUGCAUGUCUGGCAUCAUCAACCACGACGCUUACCAUGAAGUUCCCUACACAACUUCAUUUACUUUGGCCAAGCAAUUGUCAUUUUACAAGAUCCGAACCAUUGCCCCAGGCAAGACUCACACUGCAGCUAUUGAUGAACGGGGUCGCCUGUUGACCUUUGGUUGCAACAAGUGUGGCCAACUUGGAGUGGGGAAUUAUAAGAAGCGCCUGGGAAUUAACCUGUUGGGGGGACCCUUGGGGGGGAAGCAGGUGAUCAGAGUGUCUUGUGGUGAUGAAUUUACCAUCGCUGCUACUGAUGAUAACCACAUUUUUGCUUGGGGAAAUGGUGGGAACGGCCGCUUAGCAAUGACUCCCACAGAGAGACCUCAUGGCUCUGAUAUAUGUACCUCGUGGCCUCGGCCUAUUUUUGGAUCUCUACAUCACAUCCCAGAUCUGUCUUGCCGUGGCUGGCACACCAUUCUCAUUGUUGAGAAAGUGCUGAAUUCUAAGACCAUCCGUUCCAAUAGCAGUGGCUUGUCGAUAGGAACUGUGGCUCAGAACUCCACCCAAGGGGGAGGGGGCGGAGGAGAAGAGGAGGAGAGCCAACCGGAAUCUGAGACCCCUGAUCCAAGUGGAGGCUUCCGGGGAACAAUGGAGGCAGACCGAGGAAUGGGGGAUUUAAUCAGUCCAACUGAGGCCAUGGGAAUCAGCAGUGUGGGCAACAGUUCCUGCCCCGGCUGGCUGCGCAAGGAAUUGGAAAAUGCAGAGUUCAUCCCCAUGCCUGAUAGCCCCUCACCCCUGAGUGCAGCUUUUUCAGAGCCUGAGAAAGAUACCCUGCCCUACGAGGAGCUGCAAGGACUCAAAGUGGCCUCUGAAGCACCUGCAGAACGCAGGUCUACAAGAGAAACCUGGCUCCCCCGGCUUAAUCCAGCACUAGGAUGUGCUGGAAAGGGAGCACCAUUGGGUGCUGCCUGUGUUUGUAGCAGCCUGCAGGUGGAGGUGGACCGGCUGGAAGGUCUGGUGUUAAAGUGUUUGGCUGAACAGCAGAGACUGCAGCAGGAAAAUCUCAAGAUUUGGACCCAACUCCAAAGGCUCAACAAAGAGACAGAAGGAGUGCAGAAGUUGGAGACUCAUUCCAAAGGAACUCAGACAGCAAAGGAAGAGAUGGAAACAGAUCCAAAACCAGACUUGGAUUCAGAUUCCUGGUGCCUUUUGGGAACAGAUUCCUGUCGGUCCAGCCUUUAGUUUCCUGAUCCCGUGCAUCCCCAGUGAGACGGGAUCCCUGCAACUUCACAGCACACUUACUGAAUGCAGAGAACGGCUUUCCUGGCUUCGUUUCAGUUGCUGACAAGGAGCAAAGCAGGAGGCUCUGAAGGGCCUCUAGAGUACAGAUGGAGGGAAGCAUCUCCUUUUAGAUAGGAACUAGGAGUGUUUGUCGUUUGUUUUGUUUUAUUUUUUUGAGGGGGAAAGGCCCAGUGUCCCUGGCUUUGCCUUCAGUGACUGCCGCAGCAACAGCAGCUCUGUACCUCAUCUGUUGAUCCCACCUGUAAAGAAGAGAAACAGCCCUGUCAUGCUAUUUGCACAGGUAGCCCCUUAUACCCGUUUGUAAUUUUCACCACUUGUUGGGAGCUACCUUGGGAGCCCAGCACCAAUCACUGUACUUCUAGGUGGAGGAGGGGAAAGUGGAAAGCUUGCGAGAGCUUGUUAGGACUAGCUGGCUGGCUGUAACGGGGUCCUAGUCCUGCCAAAGUCAGCUUAAAAGAUGGCAAAGUGUUUUGUGCCAUCUCGGAGACAGAGUCUGAGGAAAAGAAGUUUUACAGACUAGUUUUUGGCUUAUUUUCAUAGAGUUGAAAUACUCACAUGCAGCUCAAUAUUGGAGGGAAGAGGGUCUCGAUUGAUAUUUGCUCUGGAAGUUGACUGGGAUUUCUCUGGUGAGAAUUAAAGAAGGGCAGGCCUCUCCUUAUUACAUAGUCAUACUCUUGGUGCAUAAUGCUGGAGCUUCUGCACUGUGGAUGAGGCAGGAAGAGACUCAUAGCCUUGAAAAGGGACCUCCUGAAGUGAUGUUACUUCUUUGACUAUUGAAAACAUUGGAGAAAUGAUAGUCUCCUCAAGACUAAGUCACAAGGGAAAAGAGGUCCUCUGAUGACAUUGUCCUCAGCAGCUGUGCUUGACUCCUUAGAGACUGCUGAUGACUGCCAUGGCUCCUUCUCUUAUGAGGAGGCCCUUUCCUGCUUCUGCCUUCACAGCUUGUUUUUGUUCUGAUCUUGGCACCAGUAGCACUGGCCACUGUUGUUCUGUGUCUAGUCAGUAUUUUUUUUUCCCUUAGCUUCUUAUGAAGCCAUGUAGUAGCCAGUGAAUAUGUAUCUUUUCCUUAUUAUGUGGCUCUUAGCCAGUACCAAAGUUCCUUGAAUAUAUAACAGACUGAAUAGAAUUUAGGAAAUGGAAGAGGUGACCUUUUUGUCUAUUGUGCCAUUGUAGGGGGGAGCAGACCACCUUUCUCAGAAAGAGUUGUCUUCUUUAUUCCUAAACCCCAGAUCUUAAACCCCACUGGUUGUGUACUAUGAGUUGCUGGUUUCCCUUAAAGGUAUGAACUUUAUAUUUCAGUUUAUGAAAAAUGAAGUGUCUUGAUUUCACAAGUGCCUGCUUAUGGGUUUCAUAUCUACCUCCCUACAAACAGUUGCCAAGUUCUUUUAUUGUUUCAUUUUCCCUAAACAAAAAGAUGAGAUUUGAGUUUUGUUUGGGGUUAUGAGAUGGAUUUGCUACCUUCUUAGGCAUACUUUUCUAGUCUUUUGGAAACUGAUAUUAAGACUAGAGCUUGGAAAAACCCCAUGGCUGGGGUUGGGGGUUUGGAGGGAGGGAGCAGCUGUGUUCAGUGGGAGCAGCUGUGUUCAGUAGGAGCAGCUGUCUUUCUGUGUCACGUUCCCAUUAUCUUUAGUUAGGGGAAGCCAGCUAGAGUAGUACUAAUGUAAUCUGUGUACCUUUUGAAUAAGGAAGAAGCCAGUCCCAGAUUAAGAGUAUAAAUUCUAGGAACUUGGGGUUUUGCUAAAAAUAACAAGAACAACAACUUAGUGUGUUUUGUUUUAUCAUGUAAACACAGCUUUGAUUGCUGAGGGCUGAUGGGCCUUGCUCCUGUAACCUUCACAUUCACUGUCUCAGCAGGACUGGGAGGUGAGGUCCGUUUUGGUAUAAACCAUGAGCAUUACUCCUGAGGGGGAAAUGAAGGAAUUUGUCACGUUGCUACGACUGUGAGAUGUAAGUGAGCAUCAAAAGGGAAAAGAGGCCUACUCUUAACUCUGACAGCAAGUGAUUCCACUAGCAGCAUGAGACUGGUCAUUUUCUGUAUUGUGUUGCCUUUGAGAAGCCUUAAUUUCCUGUUCAUCGGGCUGAGAAUUCAAGUUCUGUUCCUUUAAAGACAAUUUGCACUUACCUAGGGUAGGCCUGGGAGAACCUAAUGAUUUUCGUGCCAAGCAGCUAUGCAAACAGAAACCAGUUCAGAGCUGGCAGCCAUGCAUUGGAUGAUAUGCAGAGGGCACAUAGGCAGAAGUGCCUUUGAAUGGUUCUUGUUCUCAACUGCCUUUUUAUUUUGUCCUGUUGUAUUUUUCUUCUUUCAGGACUAGAUUUGUAUUCGUUAAGCUUCCCAGUAGUAUUGCUUUCGAGUUAUAAUAUAACCUGAUUAAAACCUCUGCUCUGACACUUGAAGAACUAGCUUGUUGUUAGCCUCCUGUUUGAAAGGUUAAGGGUGGAAUGGUUUGGCAUUUGUUUAAAUAAAUAUAUAAAUUCUUAAAUGGUGCAGUGCUCAAUAAGCCUAUAUGUGCAUUAGUGAUUAAAAAAACUUUUUUUUUUUUA